AUGAGGUCCAGCAGCCUCUUGGUUCUGACGGUGUUCCUUGUCCUUGGGACGCUGGUGGUAGAGGCAGCUGUUGUAGGAGUUUCAGUUAAAGGUCAAGACCCUGUCAAAGGUGAUGUCUUGGUCAAUGGACAAGAUUCAGUUAAAGGACAAGUUCCAGUUAAAGGUCAAGAUCCAGUCAAAGGGUUCAAUCCUCCAUUCUUCCGUAAGCCUGGCACCUGCCCUGAGGUUUUGAUCCAGUGUGCCAUGUUAAAUCCCCCUAACCGCUGUUGCAGCGACACUGACUGCCCAGGGGCCAAGAAGUGCUGUGUUGGUUUUUGCGGGAUGGACUGUUUUAACCCAGUGAGGCGGAAUCCCCCUUCACUGCACCUGUGA